CGCCAUUUUCACGCACGGCGCAGCCAGUCGGUGCCCGAGCCAGAAGGACCAGCGAGCUGUCACUGCCCGGGACGCUGGUCCCCUUCGAGCCCCAUGAAGCCGCUGUCGAGUCGCCGCGGGACGGAAAUGAGAAACGGGCUUUUCUCCAAUGGCUCCGACUAAAGCCUGUGUUUUGACAGUUAGGGGGCUAGCUAUGGAGCUAGCUGGUCACCAGUAGCUGCGGUUGAUGCGCUGAAGUCGGCGGAACGUAAUCUCAGCCGGACACCGAUUUUGAAUAUUGAGAUUUAUAACGUUUAUUGUUUUAUUUUUUUUUACACAAUUCUGCUCAAACGUUGUGGGUCGAAAGAACAAGACAUCUAUUUAAAAGAAGACGGAAAGGCGAGAUAAACGGACGUUACAGGGAAGCUAAUACAUUGGCAACGGAUGUCCUAGAGAACGGAUGCGUGAGGACAUGUCCACCACGGUGUGCGUGAAGGAGGAGGAGGACCCCGGGGAGAAGCUGUCCCAGGAUGAGAUCAUCUCCCGGACCAAGCAGGUGAUCCAGGGGCUGGAUGCCCUGAAGCAGGAGCACCACUCCAUCCUGGACGGCCUGCUGGGAACGCUGCGCUGCCUGAAGCAGGAGGAGGAGGAGAGCGUCCUGGUGGAGGAGAAGUCCCACAUGAUCCGCAAGUCCAUGGAGAUGCUGGAGCUCGGGCUGAGUGAGGCGCAGGUGAUGAUGGCGCUGUCGAGCCACCUGAGCUCGGUGGAGUCGGAGAAGCAGAAGCUGCGGGCUCAGGUACGCCGGCUCUGCCAGGAGAACCAGUGGCUGAGGGACGAGCUGGCCGGGACGCAGCAGAAGCUGCAGAAGAGCGAGCAGAGCGUCGCCCAGCUGGAGGAGGAGAAGAAGCACCUGGAGUUCAUGAACCAGCUGAAGAAGUACGACGAGGACUUGUCCCCAUCGGAGGAGAAGGACUCUGAUUCCAGUAAAGAGACUCUGGACGAUCUCUUCCCAGAUGACCAGGACGACCAACCCCCAGGCAUCCAGCCGACCCACGGCAGCGCGGCGGCGGCGGCGGCCCAGCAGGGGGGCUACGAGAUCCCGGCCCGCCUGAGGACCCUCCACAACCUGGUGAUCCAGUACGCCUCCCAGGGCAGGUACGAGGUGGCUGUGCCCCUCUGCAAACAGGCCCUGGAAGACCUGGAGAAGACCUCUGGACACGACCACCCAGAUGUGGCCACCAUGCUCAACAUCCUGGCCCUGGUCUACAGGGAUCAGAACAAAUACAAGGAGGCGGCCAGCCUGCUGAACGACGCUCUGGCCAUCAGGGAGAAGACUCUGGGCAGGGACCAUCCGGCUGUCGCCGCCACCCUCAACAACCUGGCCGUCCUGUAUGGGAAGAGAGGGAAGUACAAGGAGGCGGAGCCUCUGUGCAAGAGAGCGCUGGAGAUCCGGGAGAAGGUGCUGGGGAAGGAGCACCCAGAUGUGGCCAAGCAGCUGAACAACCUGGCCCUGCUGUGCCAGAACCAGGGCAAGUACGACGAGGUGGAGUACUACUACAUGAGAGCGCUGGAGAUCUACCAGAGCAAGCUGGGCCCCGACGACCCCAACGUGGCCAAGACCAAGAACAACCUGGCCUCCUGUUACCUGAAACAGGGCAAGUUCAAGCAGGCAGAAACUCUGUACAAAGAAAUCCUCACCCGCGCCCACGAGAGGGAGUUCGGCUCCGUUGAUGAUGAAAACAAACCAAUAUGGAUGCACGCUGAGGAGAGAGAGGAGCAAAGCAAGGGGAAGCAGAAGGACGGCUCAGCGUUUGGAGAGUACGGAGGCUGGUACAAGGCCUGCAAAGUGGACAGCCCCACAGUGACGACCACCCUGAAGAACCUCGGCGCCCUCUACAAGCGGCAGGGCAAGUUCGAGGCGGCAGAGACUCUGGAGGAAGCCGCCAUGCGCUCCAGAAAGCAGGGUCUGGACACCGUGCACAAGCAGCGCGUGGCGGAGGUCCUCAGCGAGCCGGAGGUCCGCGAGAAGCAGCGGAGCCGCGAGAGUCUGACCUCCGACACGGUGAAGUACGAGAGCGGGCCGGACGGCGGCGAGGAAGUGAGUAUGAGCGUGGAGUGGAACGAGGACGGCUCCGGCGCUCUGAAGAGGAGCGGCUCCUUCAGCAAGCUGCGAGCCUCCAUCCGACGCAGCAGCGAGAAGCUCGUCCGCAAGCUGAAGGGCGGCGGCGCGUCCCGAGACAGCGAGCCCAAAAACCCCGGCAUGAAGCGAGCCAGCUCUCUGGGGGUUCUUAACGUGGCGGACGAGGCUGCGACCGAACAAGAACGAAAUAAUCAUCUGAGAAAGAGUCGAGACCUGAGCACCAGCCACAGUGACCUGCCGCGCUGAAGGUCAGCUUGACCCCAGCAGGCUGUGAGGGGCGGAGCCUGUGAGAUCACUUCCUGUCCAGACCCUCCCCCUCGUUAAGGAGCGUCUCACCAUCAAGUGUGUCUGUGUCGCUGCACUUUGUUUCUUAAUUGACUGCACAACAAGAGGAACGUGCACAGUGCUGCUGUGUGUGUGUGUGUGUGUGUGUGUGUGUGUGUGUGUGUGUGUGUGUGUGUGUGUGCGCGCUGUAUGUACUGUUACGUGUGUGAGGUCCAAUCAGUCCUUUUUAAAUAUUUAAUGCAGAGUUUAAACCUGUUUCUCUCGGCUCGUUGGUCCAGUUUAUCAGUGACGUCGACGAGCUCAUCCGUUCACCUCGGUGCUCUCGUGCUCGUCCUGAUGACGUCACGCCAAGAGACGGGAAACAUUUGCACCCUCUAGAAAUUCGGUUGAGAUUUACAUAAACACGACUGUAUUUCAGUCGAUAAAAGAGUCGAAAAAAACGUUAUUCGUCUUCUUUGUGUUUGGAGUCCACGAGUUUUCCUUUUGGUCGCUGAAUACGUCGUAGAGGAAGACCUGAUGGUUGUCAUGACGACGGCGUUUUCCAGUACGAGACAAAUAUUCACUACACUUGUAUUUAUUUGAACUGUCGAUGAACUCAUUAAUGGAAUUUUUUUGUCAAAAGUUGUCAACUUUGAAAAGCAAAGUUGCAGGCUGAUUACAUUACAUUACAUGUCAUUUAGCGGACGCUUUUAUCCAAUAGUGGAUAGUGGACAGUGAGCUCUUUAAUUACUGAUCUAUUGAUGCUUUAACAAACCUCGUUUCCCCACUCAAGCUUAACUUAAGCAACGAGAGAUGCAGAAUGAGGUUUUUAGCACCUGAGGACUCGUCCGGCAAUGACGUGUCUCUGGAGGCCGACCCGGCGUUUGCGUAGCCGGUAAGCGUUAGCGUAGCCGGCAGGCGUUAGCGUAGCCGGCAGGCGUUAGCGUAGCGCUCUCCCUCUGCAGGUUUCCAAUGAAAGUUCCGAACCGGGUUACUUGAAUCCAAAACACUAUAUUUUCUGCGUUGACCCGUAAUGGACACGUUGGGAGCCGCACCUCUUUCCCAAAAUGUUCCGUCCUGUGAUGAUCUCGCUUGUUUCUGUAUGAGGUUCUAUGUUUACAUUUGAGGGUUUUUUUUGUAAAUUAUGUUUUGUUUUUUCUCGCUGCUUUGAAGAGUUUAUCUUAAUAUCUUCCUGUAAAAAAACUAAAACACGGCCCUUGAGAACUACAGCGCAUUGAGGACCGACGCUGUACUUUCACGCACUGAAGCUUAAGCUGAAGAUAAGAUAAACCUGAAACUAAAGCUAAGCUAAGCUAUGGCUAAAGAUGAAGCUGAAGCUAAAGCCACUCCACACUUUUACACAUUAAUGGAGGAACUGUUACAGCAUCCAUUGUUACUUCCGGGUGUUUUAUUGUUUAUUCAAGACAACUCUUUACCAUGUUGGUAAAGUCGAAAGGAAUUCAACCAAAAAGUGCAAAUUAUGAUUUAUUUAAAAAUACUCAUUAUUGUGCAAGAAUUAUUCCGGUGAUUUAAGAUGCAAAUGUAAAAAAUAUCUAUUGGUUUUAACCAAAAAUAAGCGGGACUAUUCCUCCCGAAGCUACAUUAGAUAUCAUUUAACAAAGAUAUAUCACCGUAUAUCAGCGAUUCACUUUGAAAUCAAAAGUGUGAUUUAAAAGAUACAUAAUUAAUUUACUGACCGAAUAAGAAGGAAACAUGUUGCUUCAAAACCAAAAUAGCAAAGUUGAUUUUGCAUCACUCAAAACAGACUUCAGACAAAGAGCAACGUUGCUAAACUCAAAUAAAUUAAAUUUACUGGCAUUUAAUAGAAAGAAAAGCUGCAAAUUUCAUCUGAACUCUUAAAUCCAGUUUCACUGCUGAGACAAACCGUAAUCUCUUUGUUUGGAAAACAACUCACUUGAUUCUGAUUUGAUGAAAAUGAAUUAAUAUCCGGAGGGAAGUUGGGAAUUUAUUUGCAGUCCAAAAAUAUUGUUUUAUUAAAAAUCCCUUUUAUUAGCAGCUGAAAGACUCAAAGUGUAAAUAUGUAAGAUGAAUAGAUUUGAUGAUUUGAAAAAGGUUACUUUUACUUUUGUGAGUGCGAUAAUUCAGUCAAAGUGAUUUUUGAAAUGUUAAAAUACUGUUUUCCUUGAUAGCAAUGAAUUUCUUGACGUCACAGAGUCGAGUGAGGUGAAGCUUCUUGUUGACCGUUGAUCGGUCUUUUUUAAAUCGUUGUCUUAUUGUUCCACAAAGUAACGCGGCACAUAACUUUACUACUUUGCUGGUUCUAAUGAACCGGGCAACUUUUAGGGCCAUAAACUGAUGUACAGACGUAAUCUAAUGUUUGAAAACAAAAGAUUCAAAAGCUAGAAAUUCAUAUAAAUAUUCACUAUUGAAUCAAUUUCAUAAUAGAAAUUCCUACAUUUUAAAGGCUUAAAAGAAGUUUAAAAGAAACUUGGUUGUUAAAAAAAAAAAAAUCGAAUCCGUCAUCUUUAGUAUCCCUGUGUGUGUGUGUGUGUGUGUGUGUGUGUGUGUGUGUGUGUGUGUGUGUACACAUACUAUGCUGUGCUCUUAGAACUUAAAAUGACUUCUAAGCAGUUUUCAAUGAACCAACAAGACUUUUUCUGCGUGAUUAAGAUGAGGUGAAUGUAAAUUUAACGGCUUUAUGAAAUCUCUGGAUUCUCUAUGGAGGUAAAAACCUCUCAGUCCGUCCUUUAUAUUUUACUCUUUAAAAGAUUAUCAACCCCGAGAAAUAUAAUAUUCUGCUCACGUCCUGCCACGGAAACGGUGUCAGUUAUUAAAGUCAAUAUUUACGGUUUUAUUAUAAAGUUUAUCAAAGCAUCAUUCUGGUCACAUCAUAGAUCCUCUCGUGUGUUUAUAUAGCAUCCUAGUUACCAUGGCAACGCAUCGGGCCCUGCCCCUUCGUCGCCCACGGCUCCACGCCGUGACGUCCGGCCUGUGAAAUCUACGUUUUUUUAAAACGGGAACAACAGGGAGACACAAUAUUGAAUGUGGGGUUGUUUUUGUUCUUACUUUUUUAAAUGUUCAUGUUAAAUCUUUGUGAGCCCGCUGUGCUUCCUGCAAAGCGGCGUCGCGUCCCGUGUGGAAAAUGCUCCUGGAUGAAACUGGCAUUCAUGACUCGUCCUCCCAGAUGUGCAGGUCGACCGCACAUUCCUCUGGCUGUGGCGUCGUUAGACAGUAAUAACAGUGUAAUAGAGCACCAGCAGAUCUCAGCAGAAACAUGCAAACCUGUUCUAACUUCACGUGAGGACGUUUGUCUGCAAACUGAUGUUAUUUUAGUUUUAAAUGUGUUUCAAUAAAAUGCUCAAAUUCG